CCCUUGGAAUCCAGAUGUAGAGAAAAUCCUUAAACAGAGAGUUUUUAGUUGGAUGAUAAAAGCGAGGAAUAAAAAUUGAAACUUUGGAAAAUGUCUGAGGCCUUUCGACAAGACUCCACAGAAGUCUUUUAUAGUUCAGUGUUUGAUAUGGCAUCAGAUAAGCUCUCUCAGAGAUUCAGGAAAUUUAAGAGGAAAGAUAGAAAAUGCCAAGCAUUUGUGAAGAGAAUCAUAACGAGUCAUCUCUUUCGGGUGAUUAUGAUUAGCACCAUCUCACUGAAUGCCUUUUUUAUGGUCUUGUGGACUGAAUAUGAGAUAAGAUACCGCUUGUUCAGACUUUUUGAGAUCUCAGAGGUGGUCUUUGUGGCCAUCUACACCUGUGAAUUCUUCAUGAAGAUCUAUGUGGAUCCUAUCAACCACUGGAAAGAUGGCUAUAACCUGCUGGAUAUGGUCAUCCUCAUCAUUAUCUUCAUCCCCUAUGUGCUCCGUGAGGUCAAGGGUAAAAACUUCCGCUACCUCAACAUUGCUGAUGGCCUACAGUCCCUACGUAUCCUCAAGCUUAUCCCCUAUAGCAAAGCCAUCAGAACGCUCCUUGCCGCUGAGGCGCAGAUCAUGUACACCGUCGCCUCUGUGCUCAUCCUCUUCUUCAUCCUGUUGUACAUCUUUGCCAUCUUGGGCUUCUACCUGUUCGGAGUUCUAGACAGGGUCGACAUGAGCUGGGGGAGCCUGGAUACGAUUUUCUUCACCCUCUUCAGCUUGGCCACGGUUGAGGGCUGGACAGAUAUACAGAUGCAGUUGGAAAAGCACAAUUUUAUUGUGAGCCGGGCAUUCACUAUCAUUUUCAUCUUGAUCGCCUCCUUCAUCUUCCUCAGCGUGUUCGUGGGUGUGAUAAUCAUGCCAACUGAGGUCUCCAUCAAGAAGUUUGAGCAAGACCAGAUGCUGGAGAUAUGCAUGGAGGAGAAGAAGCAGAUGAUCCUGAAACGACAACGGGAGGAGUUUAACAGGCGGAUGCAGAUACAGAAAACUGAAACUGUUGACAAGGAUCUCAGUGCUUUGGUAGAGAAGGUCAAGAAGACCCCGAAGGACACUCAGCCUGUGGUCUUGGGUGAUUUUGGCACUAGCCUGCUCUUCACUGAUAUAUACUUUUCCAUUUUGGACAAACAGGAUGCCACUGUCAAACAGCUUCAAGAGCUGUACCACAAGACUGUGCAUGUGUUGGGCCUGAUGCUCACAGAUGUGGCCCAGGAGAAGAUUUCUGAGCUCGAAGGAAAGAUUGAUGAGAAGUAAAUGGAGAGUGUGGGAGCACCCAGGCACUGGGGUCCUUGCGGGCUGUAACAGUUCCUAUUAAACUCAGGAUUUUGGAGCUGGC